AUGUUUUACCGAGCAAGCUUCAAACCUGAAGAUAGGUUUCUCUACGGAAUAUACGGUAUCCAGUAUCAAGGCCAGAGUCCUUCCGGCCGACAGCUGGAUCUCAUUCAAAAGUUCGACGAGCUCAUCUCUGGGCAAGCCCAUCUUGAUCGAAUCACUGUUCCUGGAAACGAUGGAUUUGCCACUCAGAUCUGGCUUUCAUAUUGGUGGCCGGAUUCUCACACAGGAUGGUGGUCCAAGCCUGCUGUUAAAGACUUUUGGGACAAUCUUCCAGAAGACGCAGGCAUGUGGCGAGAAGUUCUUACAGUGUCGCCCAGCAGAGUGCAGAACGCAUGCACCGCCGAGUUGAAGAAUGGAUUGAAUGGCCUUGGAAACAUGGAGCCGUUCAGUGACAAGAUUGGAUAUUGGGGAUGCAUUCGACAUCGCAUCCCGGACGCCAAUUUGGAUGACAAGCUUGCGUCUUCGCUUGAGGAGAUGCCUUCCCGAGUUCCAGAGACGUCAGAUAUUCGUCCUGGGAGGACACUUGUCACCGAUUUUCCAGACAACAUUUGCUUUCUUGUCGAAGGGCAAGACCACACACGCAUGUCGACAAGAGAGAAGGAUUUAUGGUUUGAAGAGUUUGACGAGCUCGUCACGGGAUGGAUGGAACAUUUAGGAAAGGAUACCACUGCCAACGGGUUGUUCGACGUGAGGAUGGGCCACGUCUCAGACUGUGGAACAUUCAAGGAUACAGGCCCAAUCAACCUGAACCACAACAGAAAGAUUGAAAUGUUUUACUGGAUGGAUAUCAGCAAGUUCGAGAGGGUUGGUCGAGUUCACAGAGGUCAUGUCAAGCUACGCAAACGUUGGAUGGAGACGUACGGACCAGGAGGAGAGAUGGGGGAUGGCGUGGGCAAGAUAAACCUAUGGGAGGAAACUUCCAUUAUGAAGGGUUCAGAUAUCGUCGCCGAGUAUGUUGGCUGUCGAGAGGGCACUGGCUUCAUGGCUUAUGACAAGUCGGGUGUGGUCCAUAGCGAGAUAGCAGUCUAA